AGAUUGUGAUGCAGGACAUCUCCGCCCAACUUCAUAAAACCCUAAUUCAAAAUCAAACAUCAGGGUUUAAGCACUUCACCACACCUUCAACCAUGGCGUCAACCCUAACUGCACCCCAAGUUGACAAUCUCCACCAUUUCAUCGGCAAAAACUACGAAAUUUCCCUCAACCAGUCAAUCGAAAAUCUCUUAACCUCUGUACGAAAAUCCAAUGUCCAGAAUUCCAUUAAUUUUGUCUCUGAGUUUCAAGAAUUUGUGCAGUCUAAACCCGACCCGCCUCUGGAAAGCAUCUGGGUUUAUGCAGCUCUGAAUUUUAGCUCGCAAAAAACCGAACCUUUCAGCCGUCUCUCAGAAAUUAGAGAUUCGUUUCAGCUUAUAGUUUCUUGCUCCGCUUCUUGCAAUGCGAUAAAGAGCAUAGCUUUAGUUGCGCCUGUUAUAUACAAUUUGCAUAAGCUCAUCCUUGAUUUGAAGAGCAUUCAGUUGGGGUCCAAGAAAGAGAGGAAAAUAUGUGGAGAAAUCAAAAGUUUAGUGGACUCCGUUUUAGGUUAUAUAAAUGUCUGCUAUAGUGGAUUUGAUCAAAAUUUUGAUGAGUUGGAGGGUUUGAACAGGCCGCUUCUUGAUUUGAUUAGUUUUUGGUUGGUGGGUAAUGGUGAUGAGGCCAUGAAUGCAGAAUCUUUGAGGGUGUUUUUUCCACUCUUGAGCGAUGACAUUGCAAACAGGGUUAGUGCUGAAGGAUGUGAGAUGAUUGAUCUUGCAGGCUUUGUGAUUGCUGAGGCGUUUCUGUUGAAGUUGUGCUGGAAAAUUUGCGAAGAGGGUUUCGGGGAGAAGGUGCAGAAUGACCUCAGAUAUUGGAUUGUUGGUUCUGUUACUGGGCUGCGCAGCUCGUAUUUCUACGCCACUCUUCUAAGAAUGCUUUUGGAACCAGUUUUGCCUAUAAGCUCCCUUGUGAACCUUGAACAUUUGGAUGAUUUGAAGAAAGUUCUUUUUCAUGCACUGUUACUGGUGGACUAUUCUUUCCUCAGUCCCGGAAGCUUAGGGAAACUGCCAGCAAAGCAUGCCAAACGUGUCAUGGUUACCAAAUUGAUUGCCAAUCACGAAGCAAUUGAGUCAUUUAGGGAACAAGGAGACCAGACGAAAACUAUUGCCUAUCUGGAUGCAUUCGCUAAUUCUAGUUUGCCUAGCUUAAUAAUUAAAUGGAUCAGGAAUGAGCUUGGCAGCGAAUUCAGCACCAUUGAACCGACAGGAACAUCACCACGAGCAUUUAUAAGAUGGAUGCUGAACAUAGAGAACAAAGGAAUAAAGAUAUUCGAUGACGAUAUGUCAAAAUUCUGUAGUGCGUUUGACUCAAAGGAGGCCUCGGAGCAGCUUGCAGACAUGGAAGGAGGGAGGAAGCCUGAUUCUGAUCUGCUCUUUUACAUGGACUACAAGGGUCGAGAAGAAUGUGGAAGCGAGGAAGAUGAAGAAAUGAGCGGAAGAAUGAAUGCUGCGUUUACAUCUGCUGCCCACUCAAUGGGGUUGUCGGAGCAAGGUGGAAGAAAACGGAAGACGAAAGAUGGUAAAAAAAGAAAGAAGGUAAAGUUUGUCAAGUAUAAUAUUAGUGAACAGCCUUCGUUAUCAAAAGGGGGAAACGAUGAUUCUGAUGGCGCCAGUGACCUUGAAAAUCCAUCCUCGGAUAUGGAAGUGAGGGAUUGAAGAUACGAAGAAAAUGGAACCUUAAUUUUUUGACUGUCGAUGCAUUUGAUGUUCUUCACUCGAUAGAAAACAUAUUUUUGGAUUAAUUUUACCUU